GAAUCAAAUAAUCACUUUAAUAGUAAUUUUUGCACGAGGAGGCAUUAUCGCUUUCCAUUGAUCACGUCAAUAAUCGAGUCAAUGAUUUAUUCACAAACUUAUUACGUUAUACUAUGUUUUAUUCUUCAUCUAUUACUGAUUCAACCAAACGGAGUUUUAGGUGGACAUCACGAGAAACGAUUACUUCAUGAUUUAUUGGAUCAUUACAACGUGUUAGAAAGACCUGUCGUUAACGAAUCCGAUCCAUUACAGCUCAGUUUUGGGCUUACGUUAAUGCAAAUAAUCGAUGUGGAUGAAAAAAAUCAAUUAUUAAUUACCAACAUUUGGUUGAAAUUGGAAUGGAACGACAUGAAUUUACGAUGGAACACAUCAGAGUAUGGAGGUGUCCGAGAUUUACGUAUACCUCCGCAUCGAUUAUGGAAACCAGAUGUACUUAUGUAUAACAGCGCGGACGAAGGGUUUGAUGGAACGUAUCCAACAAAUGUAGUUGUAAGAAACAAUGGCAGCUGUAUGUAUGUACCACCUGGGAUAUUCAAAAGUACGUGUAAAAUUGAUAUUACGUGGUUUCCAUUUGAUGAUCAACGGUGCGAAAUGAAAUUUGGUAGCUGGACAUACGAUGGAUUCCAACUGGAUUUGCAGUUACAAGAUGAUGCCGGAGGUGAUAUUAGUAGUUUCAUAACAAACGGUGAAUGGGAUUUGAUAGGUGUGCCGGGUAAACGAAAUGAAAUCUAUUACAAUUGUUGCCCCGAGCCAUAUAUUGACAUAACAUUUGUAAUUAUAAUACGUAGAAAAACAUUAUAUUAUUUUUUUAAUUUAAUUGUACCAUGUGUUUUGAUUGCAUCAAUGGCCGUACUUGGUUUUACACUGCCUCCAGACUCUGGUGAAAAAUUAUCACUAGGAGUUACUAUUCUCUUAUCGUUAACUGUAUUUUUAAAUAUGGUUGCUGAGACAAUGCCAGCGACUUCAGAUGCUGUACCACUUUUGGGAACUUAUUUCAACUGUAUAAUGUUCAUGGUCGCAUCUUCCGUAGUUUCCACGAUAUUAAUAUUGAAUUAUCAUCAUAGAAACGCCGAUACUCAUGUGAUGGGUCCAUGGACCAAGAAAAUAUUUCUAAUAUACCUGCCAUGGUGUUUGCGAAUGACCCGACCGCAUAGAGGAUUGCCAUUGAAUCCAUUUAAAGCAAAUGUUAGUGGAGGAACUGGAAGUUCUGGUGGGAGUGGAUCAUUGCCGCCGUCAGUAAUCCCAGAUCGAAAACAAAUGCAUUUACAAGAUGUAGAAUUAAGGGAUCGUUCGUCAAAAAGUCUAUUAGCCAAUGUAUUAGAUAUUGAUGACGAUUUUAGGCAUAACCAUAGAGUUAGUGGAAGCGGUAUGGGCAAUGUACCGGCAGCACCUCCUACCACAUUUUUCAGAACGGUCUAUAGACAUAAUGAGGACAACGGGAAUGGAGCACGAUUGCACGAUUCGUUAUUAACAGCGAAUCAUGCACAUGCGUGCAUGAGCAGUGGUGACUACGAGUUGACACUGAUCUUAAAGGAGAUUAGAUUCAUCACCGAUCAACUUCGAAAAGAGGACGAGACCUCGGACAUCACUAAAGACUGGAAGUUUGCUGCAAUGGUAGUGGACAGAUUGUGCCUUAUAAUAUUUACUUUGUUUACAAUUAUUGCAACAUUAGCUGUUCUUUUCUCAGCCCCACAUAUAAUUGUCUCGUAGCGAUUAAAAUCGCUCAAAACGAUCGCUCUAAAAUAUUAUAAUCAAAUACUACUAAUGUAUCAAACUAAUAAACAAAUUUCACGAUCAGAGCUCAUACUCGACUACUCGGAAAU